AUGUCGACCAGCGGAGUGUCCCGCUCCUGGACCCCGGGCACAGAGCGUCGCUAUGCCACGACUACCGCUCCGUCAAGCACCGGCCUCCGCCUCACACGCGGCAUGAAGGCGGUUCUCCUCCUCGCCCUCCUCGCCGUCCUCAUCGUCGCCAUCGUUCCCGCCGCGGUCGUCAGCACUCGCGACAACGACAAGAAGUACCGCGCCGACGACCACGCUCUCGGCUACACGACGGUCGUCGACGGCGUCACGACCUUCAUCCAGACGCGCACGGCCUCGAUCGUCACCCGCUCGUCGUACCGCACGCUCGACAACGGCGACGUGUCGACCGUCCAGCAAGUCGUCACCCUGCCCAUCAUCACGGAGGUCAUCGUCGCGACGGUCACUCGGUUCGUCGCCGGCGCAAACGCGUUCGUGACGCGCACAUUGCAAGGAGAACUCGGCGCCGCGACCGUGUACCGCACCGUCUUUGACGACUUGACCGUCGUCAGGCCGGCAACGUCGACGUCAGCGCCCGCGACAGCAACUUCUACCUCGGCGAGCCCACCGAUUGCGACGAGCAUCCAGGUCAUCAAGUUCGUCGACCACCAUCGCGUCGAGCGAGAGAUCCACCAGCUCCACCGCAGCUCCGCCGGCUACGACGAGCAGCAUCGCGCCAUCGACGAGCUCGACGACCAGUACGCCCACACGUCUUCCGCCGUCGAGCGCGAGCAGCAGCAGCUCGUCCGCAUCGUCGACCUCGAGCAGCUCGCCGGCGCUUCCUCCGCCGAGCAGCAGCACCACGCCGUCGCCAUCGUCCGCCAGUACGACGCCGCCAGUCGCUCCUACGACCCGCAGCAGUACGACGACGGCGGCAUCGACCAGCACUUUUGCGCCGUCGCUGCCGUCGAGCAGCACCAGCUCGACCCAGGUCCCGUCCUCGAGCGGAAGCUCAAGCAGCUCCGCCACUCGAUCAACGAGCGAGUCGGCCGGCUUCCCGUCGUUCACGCUGUCGCCUUCUCGAGCACCUUCCUCGACGGCGACAGACCCAGUCACGACGAGCAGCCCUUCCUCAAGCGCUCCAAGCUCGUCCACCUCGACGGCCGUCUCGACGACGCCGACCGCAUCCUGCAUCCCUGGACUGCCGCUCUUCCUCGGCGGCUGCGGCAUCGGCGAGACGACGUCCACGGCGGGCUCGUCGACUUCUGCGUCGUCGAGCAGAUCUGCGUCGUCGUCGACGACGCCGGCCUCGACAUCGUCUUCCUCUCAAGCGCUCCCGACGACGACCGAGGCUACGACCGGAUCGUCGAGGACGAGGGAGCCGUCGAGCACGAGCGAGCAGACGUCAAGCACGACCAGCGCCACCGCAUCGCCUACCUGCAUCCCAAGCCUGCCGGUCAUCGUUGGCGGGUGCGGCCUGUUCGACCCGACGACGUUGUCGACCGCCACUCGAUCGAGCAGCUCGUCCGAGAGCGAGACGACGAGUACUGCGACAACCUCGGGCGACCUCACUUUCCCGCCCAUCGGUCCGCCGACCGCGACCUCCUCCUCGUCCUUCCCUUCGUCCAGCGAGGCGUCCUCCACGACCGCGAGCGACACUUCCACGACUGCGACCUCGUCCCAGGGCACCACAGCGACUUCUUCUCCGGCUUCUUCUCCGCUUCGACGAGUACUACGCCGUCGAGCACGACCGAGGGCGUGUCGUUCACGACCGCCAGCCGCACCUCGAGCGCAUCAACGCCGCGUUCCUCGACCUCGACUGAGCCCGACGAGCCUAUCACGACGACCGCGACGUCUACCACAUCAAGCUCGAACUCGAGUGCGGCAGACGGCGACAGUGUGACGAGCACAGCGACCGGCAGCACGUCGCCCUCGGCGUCGACCUCAACGACGACGUCCAGCACGUCGAGCGCCUCGGACACCGCCGACGAGCAGGCCUCGUCGUCGUCGGCGCCUGCGCCUGCGCCGGAUCCCGCUCCGACAGACGACCUUGGCGGCGUCGUCGCGCUGUGGUCCUCUCCUCGGCUCCCGCCGGCCUCGUUCACCUCGGCGCAACCUGGUCGUCGCCACCGCCUCGUCCGGCGACACCGCGAGCAGCCUCGCCGCGUCGACGCCGUCGCCUGA